UUAUUGCGUCACUCGGGUCAAAGUAUCAGUAGACGACGUGCAACUCCGCCCUAAAGAAACUUGCAGUACACAUCGUCGUUAUCUUUAUAAACAAAAUAAAGCAUUUCUCUGUAGUUCAGUUGUAACUUGGUUCGUUUUCUUGAACAGCAUUUGAAGGAUAUUGACCACACGUUCCUUGGGGGAAUGGACAAGUCAGGCUCCAGUGACCCCAGUGGUCCUCCACGGCCAUCUGCUGUAGGAGGAGGCAGAGGAUUGGUGAUGGGUCGCAGGCUGCCUGCCUCCAUCUCUCCAGGACGCCUCCCUGCAAUGCGCUCCAGAGACCUCACUUUAGGAGGUGUCAAAAAGAAAACCUUUACACCAAAUAUUAUUGGCCGAAAAUCUAAAGAAGAGUUAAAUGCUGAUGAAGGAAAGAAGCGUGAAAGGAAGGAUGCAGAUCGAGGCAGACAGCGAGAUGGCCGAGGAAGGGGCAGAGGUCGUCCUGAAGUCAUCCAAUCACAUUCAAUCUUUGAGCAGGGUCCUGCAGAGAUGAUGGCCAAAAAAAGAGGUGUAUACGAUGAUGCUAAAGAAACACCAAACAGUGGCCCGUCUCCCAUCAUCAACAUCAAAAAGGAGAGAGAGACAGAAGAAGAGACUAAAGAAAUUCUGCGUAAACUUGAGAAGGACAAUUUUGUCGACGAUCCUCAUCUGAGAGGUGAAAAGGGAAGCUGUCCGGUUCAGCUGCCUCUGGCUGUGUCGGGAUGGGUCUUUAAAGAGGAGUUUAGUGAAGAGACCGAGAGCACUGAAACUGAACCAAUGAUCACAGACAGCACUGGAGCUGAAGUGAAGGUCAAGCAAGAGCCUGGAGAAGCAUCUCAACCAAAGAAGGCGGAGACUAUGUUCAGACCACCACCCCUGCCUGAACCUGAUUCGCUGCUUAAUUUACUCGAGGUGUGGAAUCAUUGCAAAGAGGAGGAGCUUCUCUUCAUGCAGCUCCCUGAUUCGCUGCCAGGGCAACCACCCACCAGUGAUGCCAGGCCUACAAAAACAGAGGUGCAGUCGAGUGAUGGACAGACGAUGCUGCAGAAGACCGAGACUCAGGAGGAGCCUCAAGACAACAGUUGUUUUCUUAAAGAUCUCCAGGAGGGUUUUGUGGGGAAGAUGCUAAUUCGAAAGUCUGGCAAAGUUCAGCUUGUCUUGGGUCAUGUAACCCUGGACGUGGCCCUGGGAACCCCUUGUGCCUUCCUGCAGGAAUUAGUAUCAGUACAUACAGAGGGAAAAAGAGGAGAUAUGUCGGUGCUGGGCCAUGUUAAACAUAAACUGGUUUGUUCACCUGACUUCCAGGCCCUUCUAGAAAACAGAACAUGACAACACGCUGUUCAAUAUUUCCCUGAGUAAAGUCCUCAGAACAGUGCAUCUCCAUGUGAGAGAAAAUGUUGCCAUGUCAAGUCGCAGAUUGGGAAAUCUGACUGACUGAAAUUAUUUAAACACUCAAGGAUUUAUUUGGUGAGUUUACAGAUUGUGUCAAAUGCAAGUGUGCUUUAUGUGAGACACUAUCACGCAUGUAAAUAUUGUAACUGUAAAAUAUUAAGUUAAUAAAAAUAUGCUCUUACUCUC